CUCGGUGUUACCUCCACGAAACAAGGCUCAGCAACAACGMCUCAGCAAGCGGAAGACUUCAACRGCAUYRAGUACAGCAAUGACAGUACCAGUGACCACCGCGAUUCUUCCCGCAUGCCCGGUCCAAGGGGCCGGUGAGCCGUUGGCAGCUUACCUUCAGCGGGUACAGGCAUUCACAGAUGCCGUGGCUACCGCAAAGGCACAAGAGGAGGCAGCAGAAACUGAACGUCAGCGGCUGGCGAAUGAGGCAACAGCCCAAGCUCAGCAGACUGCUGAGGCUGACGCAGCGGCACGAGACCGACGGAAUGCCGCCAGCACGGAGUCCUUGAUCGCUUGUGAGCAUCAAUGGACAACGAUACUCCAAGGCGUGUUCUUUGUGCCUACGGAAACGCAGGCGGAGCCGACACAGGCGGAGGCAGAGAGAAGUAACCUGGCUACCGUGAUGUUGAACGUAAUGAGGGGAGUAAUGUGGAACAACAAACUACUGCAGGCACACCUGCACGCGCAACGACAGCAAAGACAACAGUACCAGCAAGACCUGGCCGCUGUAACGGCUGCCGUCCGCGACGCAGCAACGCAGCAGCAGCAACAGCAACAGCUGUUAAACUCUACCAUCACACGCAUCAACGGCAUUGAGGCCAACGCCUCAGCAGCGCCAGGCUGCACGACAGACGAGACGAAGCAGCUCAAUGGGCGCAUCGAUCAUGUCGUCAAACUCAUCGGCGAUACAGGUGUUUUCAAUGAGCCAGACACGAUCAGUAGCACGGUGGCCGCCAUCAAGACGGACAUCACCAAGCUGCAGACGAAACCGGACGCCGCUACGAAGACUUACAAAAUGCCGCACUUCGACAUCAGCAAGUUCGACGACUACAACAAGUCGGACGCCUUGACAUGGUGGCAACGCAUUCGUCCCUUAGCGGACAAGAUCCAAGCCAUCGUGGAUUGGCCGGAACCGCGUUGUACGACGGACGUACGCUCUUUCAUGGGAUUGGCUGGAUAUUAUCAGCGAUUCGUGGAGUCAUACUCGAAAGUGGCCGCUCCUUUGUCGAGACUYCAGUCCCCGAAGACGGAUGGCCAGACGGAGCGAGCGCACGAGACCGCUCAGAUGAUGUUGCAUACGCUCAUUCGUCCCGACCAGAAAGAUUGGGUUGACCGGCUUCCCGACAUCGAGUUCGCCUAUAACACUUGGGUGCACCCGACGAUCUGCAUCACACCAUUCGAGCUACAUCAUGGUGGAGAGAAAGCACGGAUCUUCGCUGAUCUCCUUCUGCCACAGGCUGCCGAUAUAGACGUCCCUUGCUCUCCCGCUUCCGUUCGGAAGUACCGGGACUUGCUGAUCAAAGCCCGCGCAAAUAUGCAAAAGGCUCAGAUCCGCAUGCAGCAGCAGGCUAACCGACGUCGACUUCCAUGUCCUUUCCGCGAGGGAGACCUUGUUUGGGUCCUCUCCGAGGAAUUUGCGCUCGAGCAGGACGUUUCGCGCAAACUCCUUCGGAAAUGGUUCGGACCAUGGGAAGUCACUUCUGCCGUUGGAGACGACCCCGCAGGUCCUUCCUUCGUGAUCAACAUUCCACCGCACCUUACAGUGCAUCGGGUCUUCCACGCAUCGAAGCUGGCCAUCUACACGCCACCUUCAGUUGACGAGUUUCCCGGACGUCGAUCUCAGGAUCCGCCUUCUAUGGACGGACAUCAGGAAGUGGACCGAGUCAUCACGCACCGCAAGUAUGGCAACAAGCCAAUGCAGUACAAAGUCACAUUCAAGCAAUGUGCUUCUGACGACACUCGGUGGAUCUCUAGUGCAGACUUGCAGACUUCUGCACCCCUCAUCUUCGCCAACUAUGAGAAGACACGACUUGCCAAGGCAGCAGCUCGUCCCACCCGACCCAUCCCGGUAUCGGAUAGACAACUCCGCCCUCGCAGGUAGCUCGGUCUUUUAAGAGGGGGAGUGUGUUACAUCUUCGACGCCACACGGGUCC